UCUAAAGCAAAUAAUACAUUGAGAACUAAACGAUUUCGUCGUGGUGCGGAGAAAGUAUUAGUUUAACCAACAAAAUGGCUAAGAAAAUCUUCUGCAAUUUAUUGGUGUUGACCCUACUCGUAUUCAGUGCCGAUGCUCGACCCUCGUCGGUGGAGCCUAAGGCGGAUCCCAGCGAUUAUCACGGGAAUCUGUCGGUGGAAACCGUGCUGAAAGUGCAACAGUGCGAAAAGGACUCCAAUACGAUGGAGUUGUGCAUGAGAUGCGCCAAGGUGACCAAGUCGGAUAUCGUGUAUCCUUCCUGCUGCAGCAAUGAGGACGGCAUCAAGGAUUGGUGCAGGGAGUACGUCUUCUAUGGCAUCGAAUAGAUUAGGUUUAAUGGACGGGCAGGAGGCGAUUAAAACUGUGUAAAUUAUGUCGUACUCCUGUGUGGAUUGGCUGUGAUAUACCCACUGUAUUUAUUUUAAAUUAUGUUUAGGAAUAAACAAGGCUAAAUUAGCAUAUUCGUGGUCUUUACCCUUUCCCACUUAAAAACUUUUCAUUUCAUUUUGUACGUUUCUUUUAUUUAUUUAUUUCAUCUCUUUCUUUUUUUGGUGUAUUGUGUUUUGUAAAAUCAUUUUUUGUAUUUUUAGAAAACUUUAUAAUAAUUGUACAUGUUUAAAGAUCAUUGGAAAGUGAUUUCGAAAUGAAAAAAUAAAUUUGGCCUUCUUUUAUGCGA